AAAUUCAAAACGUAAUCCAAAUAAUUCUAAAUAAUUAAAUUACAAAUUACCUCAAAAUUUUGGUUUCCAGGGAAUGAGCGUGUUGCAAUGCUUGCUUAAUUUAUUUUCUGUUCAAUGUGCAACUAUAUAUUUCAUUACCUAGUAGAACGUUUAGAGAAUUGUUAUGAAGCAAUUGAAGCAGAUUCAUGCUUACAGCCUCAGAAACGGCCUAGACUACACCAAAUUCCUCAUUGAAAAACUCCUGCAAUUCCCAAAUCUUCCGUAUGCUUGCACCCUGUUCGACCUGAUUCCUAGGCCCUCUGUUUUUCUCUACAACAAGUUCAUUCAAACAUUUUCUUCUAUUGGUCAACCCCACCGAUGCUGGUUGCUUUACUAUCAAAUGUGUCUCCAAGGUUGCUCUCCGAAUCAGCACUCAUUCACCUUUCUCUUUGCUGCAUGCGCUUCCCUUUUAAAUGCUUACCCAGGUCAGAUGCUUCAUUCCCAUUUCUGUAAAUCCGGAUUUGCCUCUGAUGUAUUUGCUUCGACGGCGUUGUUAGACAUGUAUGCGAAGUUGGGAAUGUUGAGGUCUGCACGCCAACUGUUUGAUGAAAUGCCUGUUCGAGAUAUACCCACCUGGAAUUCGAUGAUUGCUGGUUAUGCAAGGUCCGGGGACAUGGAGGCUGCGUCACAAUUGUUCGACAAAAUGCCUGUCAGAAGUGUGGUUUCCUGGACAACAUUGAUAUCUGGGUAUGCGCAAAAUGGGAAGUAUGCGAAGGCCUUGGAGAUAUUUCUAAGAUUGGAAAACGAGAAAGGCAUUAAACCAAAUGAGGUGACUAUAGCAAGUGUUCUUCCUGCCUGUGCUCAGCUUGGGGCACUUGAUAUUGGUAAGAGGAUUGAAGCAUAUGCAAGAAAUAACGGGUUUUUCAAAAACAACUCGUAUGUGAGCAAUGCAAUACUGGAAGUGCAUGCUAGGUGCGGUAACAUUAGGGAAGCUCGGCGGGUUUUUGAUGAGAUUGGAAGCAAAAGAAACUUGUGCUCGUGGAAUACCAUGAUAAUGGGAUUGGCUGUGCACGGAAGAUGCAGUGAUGCUCUUCAACUUUAUGAUCAAAUGUUGAUACGAAGAAUGAGACCCGAUGACGUUACAUUUGUAGGGCUUCUUUUGGCUUGCACGCACGGAGGCAUGGUUGCAGAAGGCCGACAAAUCUUUGAAUCAAUGGAGAGUAUGUUUCAAAUUGCUCCCAAAUUAGAGCACUAUGGCUGCUUGGUAGAUUUAUUAGGCAGGGCUGGAGAGCUACAAGAAGCUUACAGACUCAUUCAAAACAUGCCAAUGGCUCCUGAUUCUGUUAUAUGGGGAGCUCUUUUGGGAGCUUGCAGCUUCCAUGGCAAUGUUGAAUUGGGUGAAGUAGCAGCUGAGUCCCUCUUCAAUCUUGAGCCAUGGAACCCUGGAAAUUAUGUCAUUCUCUCUAACAUUUACGCAUCAGCGGGCGAUUGGUCCGGAGUUGCAAGGUUAAGGAAGAUGAUGAAGGGAGGACAGAUUACAAAGAGAGCAGGAUAUAGUUAUAUUGAAGUGGGAGAUGGGAUUCACGAGUUCAUUGUAGAAGAUAGAUCACAUUUGAGGAGUGGUGAAAUUUAUGCUUUACUUCAUGGAAUUUAUGACAUUAUUAAACUUCAUAAGAACACGCAUCAUAAUCAAAAUGAAGAUGAGCUACUUUAUUCUUCGUACAUCUGAUGGUUCGUUCGGAUAACAUAUCCAUGAGUACGAAGGUUAAAUAUAUUAGAUUUAGAUGUCUAGAUUUUAAAUAUUCAAUAAUUAUAAUAUAUGUGUUUUGAUAUACAUGAUAAUUAAUAUU